UGAUUGAUAUUUUGUAUCUCAGAUUUAAAUAAAACAUGAGUGAUACAGAGCGCGAGGAUUUAAAAAAAUUGAGCAAAUCUUUAUGUACUAUAAUAUCAUUGACAUCCAAACAAUUUCCAGAAGUUGAGACAAUUACAACUCAAGAAUUUGAGAAUAUUUUGUCUAAGGAGUCUUUACUUGAGCCGAAUUCGAAUGUCAAUGAAUCAAAUUCGGAUAUCCUAGUCGUAGACAUCAGAGAAAGAGCGGAGUUUGAUGUCAGUCACUUGUUGUGUGCUAACUGGGUGGAUUUCAACAAACCAUAUAGAGAGCAAUGCGACUGUGUCAUCGACCUUAUACAGGAAAAGAUUGAAGAGAGAGAGAAAAGGGAUAAAGAGUUGGAUGUAUUUGUGUACUGCGCUGUGGGAAUCAGGGCUUCAAUUUUGGUGUCAAUUACGCAACGAAGGCUUAAGCGAAUGAAAGAAAAAGAGGGGUCACCUGUUGACCCUGAAGAAUUCCUCACAGAUAAUACUGAGAAAUUACCGUAUUCCAGCAUUAAACUUCGAAAUGUAGAAGGGAGUAUCUACAAAUGGGCACACGAGCACAGGCCAUUGGUCGAUAAAGAUAAUCAAAAAACAACACUGGUACAUUGCUGUAGCUCACUUUGGGGGAAAUUGUUUGUUAACAAAGAAUUUCGGCACCCCGGACCAUACAGUCUCAUUUUUUAAAUAACAAGCGCAAUCAUAAAUGCCAAAGCAUGCUCUGAUAACUUUCAAUGUUAUUGUUGUUUCAAAAAUCUUGCCAAAGUGUGAAGAAGUGCAAUGUAUCAUCCUGUUUUUUGCCAAAGAACCUAAAAUAUGCUCCGUAUUAUUGAACCAUGCAUGACAAUAUGUUAAUCAGGGAACCAAUAUUAUAUAUAUUCUCGUUAUUUUAUUAAUCAUGUUUAUUCAAUUAAUAAGUUUCCCUCUAUUACUUUCUUUUAAGCUACUAUUCAAAGAAGAUAAAAUACUUUAAUAUGCACUUGUAUAGAAAUUAGUUGAAUGUUUUCGAUAAAUCAUGGCCAAAGCCAGCACUUACCUUAGUUUACAAUUCUAUUAUUGUUAAAAAGUGCCAUAUUCACGUUUAAAUGUAUUACCGGUAAAUAUUUGCCAACAAUCAAUCAUAUGAUAAUCCCUUUGAUGCAAUAUACUUUUUGUUUAUUACUUCAUUGAAAACAUUAUGCUAAUUAAACUUUCAUAUUUUUGUGUUUAUUUUACGCAG